GAACCGGAGUGACGUUACCGAAUUAUGCCGCUCGCCAACGCGGACUAAAAUGUGGGGGCUCGUGGUUGCUCACUGGCUCCGACUCUGCCUGCUCACGGCGGUCCACCUCGGCCGGUGCGCCGCGGCACCCGGAGACCGGCACCAACAGCAGCAGCAGCAGCAGCACGCCGCCUCCUCCUCCUCCUAUCCGAUGCUCAACAUCGGCGUGGUGUACCAGGGCACGUCGAGCCAGCUGGCCGAGAUGAAGGGCGUGCUGAGCAACCCGCGCUUCCUCGGCUACCCCAUCGACGUGAACGUGGUGGUGACCACGGGCAUCGGAGACACGAACCCCCGGGACGUGCUCACGCAGGUGUGCGACGUGCUGUCCAGCCUCAAGACGCACGGGGUCGUGUUCGGCGACGAGACGGGCGCCGCCGCACUCGCGCACAUCCUCGACUUCAUCUCGUCGCAGACGCGGGUGCCCAUCAUCGGCAUCCGCGGCGGCUCGGCGGUCGUGAUGACCAAGAAGGAGGAGCAGUCGAUCUUCCUGCAGUUCGGCGCCACGGUGCAGCAGCAGUCGCGCGUCAUCAUGCGCAUCAUGGAGGAGUACGACUGGAACAGCUUCUCCAUCAUCACGACGCACUACGCGGGCUACCAGGACUUCAUCCACCACCUGCACGUCACGGUGGAGAACAGUUUCGUGGGCUGGGAGCUCGAGUCCAUCCUCACGCUGGACAUGUCCGAGGAGGACAGCGACAUCAAGACCAAGGCGCUGCUGCGCAAGGUGCAGACGCAGGUCAUCGUGCUGUACUGCAGCAAGGCGGAGGCCGUGCACCUGUUCGGCCUCGCCGAGAACGUGGGCCUCACGGGCUUCGGCUACGUGUGGAUCGUGCCGGGCCUGCGUCCCAGUGCCUCCAGCGAGGUGCCGACGCAGUUCCCCGUGGGCCUGCUCACCAUCACGUACGACGGCUGGCAGAGCAACCUGCCGCACCGCGCCAUGGAGGGGGUGGCCGUGAUCGCCAUGGCCGCGUUCAACAUGUUCACCGACCUGGGAUACGUCCCCGACAGCAAGCUGACGUGUGACGACACCUCGGUGGUCAACGCCAGCGUGUGGGAGACGUACUACGCAUACCUCCACAACAUCACGUGGAAAGGCCGGGACCUAUCCUUCAACAGCGACGGCUACCUGGAGAAGCCUUCCAUGACGGUCAUGGUGCUCAACAACGGCCGCAUGUGGGAAAAGGUCGGGAAGUGGGAGGGCGACGCGCUCACGCUCAAGUACUCCAUCUGGCCGCGCUACGGCACGCGGCCGCCCCCCGGCGUGGAGGACCGCCACCUGAGCGUCGUGACGCUCGAGGAGAGGCCCUUCGUCAUCGUGGAGGACGUGGACCCCAUGGCCGGAACGUGUCUGCGCAACACCGUGCCCUGUCGCCAGCAGAUCAUCACCCUGGGGAAUCAUUCUGAGAGCAACUCAUUUGUGAAAAGAUGCUGCAAGGGAUUCUGCAUCGACAUUCUGAAAAAACUGGCAAAAACUAUUAAAUUUACCUUCGAUCUUUACCUCGUGACAAAUGGGAAGCACGGGAAGAAAGUUCGAGGUGUGUGGAAUGGAAUGGUAGGCGAGGUGGUGUACAAGCGCGCAGACCUGGCCAUGGGCUCGCUGACCAUAAAUGAGGAACGCUUGGAGGUGAUCGAUUUCUCCGUGCCCUUCGUGGAGACGGGCAUCAGUGUGAUGGUGUCCAAAGGGAAUGGGACCGUCUCCCUCUCCGCCUUCCUGGAGCCGUACAGUGCCGCCGUCUGGGUGAUGAUGUUCGUCCUCUGUCUAUCCGUGGUGGCCAUCGCUGUGUUUGUCUUCGAGUACAUCAGCCCCAAGGGCUACAACCGCAACCUGGCCACCGGAUCAGCGCCUGACGGACCGACUUUUACGAUCGGAAAAUGCAUCUGGUUGCUGUGGGCUCUGGUGUUCAACAACUCGGUGCCCGUCGAAAACCCACGGGGAACCUCGAGCAAAAUCAUGGUGCUCGUCUGGGCCUUCUUUGCCGUGAUCUUCCUGGCGAGCUACACAGCCAACCUGGCAGCCUUCAUGAUCCAGGAGGAGUACAUUGACCAGGUGUCCGGCCUGAGCGACAAGAAGUUCCAGAAGCCCAAUGAGCAAAACACACCGCUUCGCUUUGGAACCGUUCCCAAUGGAAGCACCGAGAGGAAUAUUCGGAACAAUUAUCCAGAAAUGCACAACUACAUGUCCCGCUACAACCAAAAAUCAGUGGAGGAUGCACUUGAGAGUCUCAAGACAGGGAAACUGGACGCAUUCAUCUACGACGCCGCCGUCCUCAACUACAUGGCGGGCAAGGACGAGGGCUGCAAGCUGGUGACCAUCGGCAGCGGCAAGGUGUUCGCCACCUCGGGCUACGGCAUCGGGCUGCAGAAGGCGUCCAAGUGGAAGAAGCACAUUGACCUGGCCCUGCUUCAGUUCAUGGGCGACGGUAACACAAGCGCAGUGCGGCAACGGCACAUAGGGUUGCCACCUGGCCCGGUUUUCCCAGGAUCGUCCUCUUGUCGAGACGAAAUCGACGAGCUGGAGAACAUCUGGCUGGCCGGCAUCUGCAAGAAGGAGAAGAACGAGGUGAUGAGCAGCAAGCUGGACGUGGACAACAUGGCGGGCGUCUUCUACAUGCUGGUGGUGGCCGUGGGCCUCAGCCUGCUGGUGUUUGGGGCCGAGCAUCUGUUCUACCGCCGCUUUGGCCGCUCAAAGGCACGAGCCUCCUUCGAGACGCCACGCUUCCUGCUGGCCAUCAGCCGGGGCAUCUACAGCUGCCUCUACGGCGUGGAGAUGGUGGAGGAGCGGCGCUACUACCUGCCCCCGCCCCAGGGCGCGCGCCCGGAAGAGCCCCGCGCGCGGCGCCUGUUUGGGGCGGCGCGCGGCGUCUUCCGUGGCAGGCGCGAGCGCGGCGGGGGCCAGGGGGGGGCCCCCGACGCCGACCGGGGCCCCCCGUCGUGUGCGCAGAACCCCCUGCUGCACCCGGCGGCGGCGGACGCCGCCCAGCGGCAAGUUGUGAGCUUUGCCGAGGCGGCCCGCGGCGACGCGGUGAGCGCCGUGUGCGCCGGGGCGCCGCGGGGGCGGCCGCGGUUCGCCGCGCCGCUCCCCCCCGUCGGCCGCCCGUACUUCUUCUCCACCGGCCAACCCGCGGUCGCCGCCGCGGCCGCCACGGCCGGCGCCGCGGCUGAUGCGCUGCCCUACGGGCUGGGCUCCGGCGUGCGCCAGCAGCUCAGCUGGGAGACGGACGGGGAGAGCUGGCUCUACGCGAGCGAAAAGAGCGGAGAGGGAUGCGCGGGCGGUGCUCCCGCGAUACCCGGCUGCGGCGGAGGAGGCGGCGGGGCCGUGGCCACCGGCGCGACCUCGCCGAGCGGUGGCGGUGGCGGCGGUAGCUGCCAGAGCACCCCGUGGAGGUGCGCGCUGCACAGCACGUACGACAUGCUGCCCCCGCAGGCCCACAAGUCCAAGAGGGCGGCUCAGAGCCGCGCGGCGUCGCUGUCCCCGCCGCCCGCGCGGCCGCCGCUGGGCCCGCCGCGCUACGCGGGGCCCGGCAGCGCCGACGUGGACCUCAUCCCGCACGAGAGCGGCGGCGGCGGUAGCCAGGAGACGCCGCCCUCGUGCUGCUCCGGCGUCCCGCCGCCCGCCCCGCCGCCGCCGCGCCGCCCGGGACACUGCCGCCGACCUCUCGGCCGCACGAGGGGCAUGACGAUCGACGACGACGACCCAGCCGGCGCGGACGAAGAUGACGACGGGGACGACGGGGGCGGGGGGGUGUGCGGCGACGACGACGACGAAGCCGCCUCCGAGAGGGGCUCCUGCGCCGCCGCCGCCGCCUCGGACGACCGCUUCGGAGGCUCCCCCGGCGCCGGCGGGAGGAGAGGCGGCUUCCACGAUGGGGGGCGGGAGGAGGCGCACGCCGAGCGGUGCCCCUACUGGGCGCAGGCGGCCGCUCGCCUCGGCGGGCAGAAGGCCGCGUCGCGCUCCAUGGUGUGCCUGGAGCGCUGCCGCGGGCGCUCGGCGGAGACGGGCAGCUUCGGGUCGUCGGGGCCGCCCGUGUGUCCCCGCACACCCGAGGCCAAAGGCUCGGCCAGAAGUCAGGGGGGCCCGGCGAAGGGCCGCCGGAGGGACGGCAAGGGCUCCGCCCUGUCCACGAAGCACCACACGCUGCCCAUGUCGUUUCUGUCCAAGAGGUCGGACUUCAAGUACGCGCACGCGCACCUCUCGGGCUACGAGUCAGAGGUGUGAGCGCCGCGGGCGCCAGUGGCCGUCUGCAGCUCGAGGAGGAAGAAGAAGAAGGAGCAGCAGCACGUGACUGUGAGGGACGAUGAGAUCUAUUUUUUAAAUGUAGCUGACGAGGCGUCCAUGUGCCAGCUACAAAGUCUUAUAAUCUCGGUUUAGUUGCAAUCGCAGUUUUCUACUUCUGGCAAUUAGAGAUUUUUUGCUAUGCAAACAAAUAGUGUAAAUAUUUACGGCUUAAAACUGCUCGAAGCGCGAUCGUCAAGCGAAGGGCCGUGGACUCUGGAGAGCCGUGCAGUCGCCGUGCCAAUUCAACGAGAGAUGGAUUGCUUCUCUUUGAUAUGAUGUAUUUUGUUCGGUCCACGUAGGUAACACAUUGCUUUAAUCCCACCGGUACCGAUGAGUCAUGAAGAGUGAUGCAAAAAAAAGUUGUAAAGAACAUACUCUCAUAGGGAAAAAAAAGAAAUUGAGGUUUUCUGUAGAUGCAUCAACACACGUGGCUUCAUAAAGAGUUUGACGGUGUAAGUCAUGUUGAAAAAUAACACUUUGGAGACCUUUAUAUUCAGUAAAAUUCCAUAAUGGCAAAUCUGGAUACAGUGUCCUGUUAUAUGUCCUGUUAUAACGAGCACCACGAGCCAGAAAUGUGCAUUGCUGAAUAUAGCGCGUGUCCGCAAAGGUAUCGUCUGUUAUUAAAGAAUUACAGACAGCGGGUUGAACCGUGUGGUUGAAAUGCUGGCUCCGUAUUCGCUGUACACACUCGUGGGUUUUUGUUUUACCAAACACUUUGAGUGAUCUUGUUAAUCAUUACAUUAGAAAACGUCACGGCUCAGACGUUGGCGAACGCCCUGGGGGCUCUCUCUGAUCCCGACGUGUCGCCCGGUGGCCACGUGGAGGUUUAGAGGGGCCAGAAUCUUACGAUGAAAUCUUCAAACGAGCAGCUGUCUAAUUGUAAAUUCUUUAUUAGCAAAGGAAUGCUACAGAAUGGACACCCGUCGCCCCUACACACAGAGGCAAGGGGACUUCACCUCUCCUUAUCUCUCACACUUUAUAAGUAUGCGUUGUGUUAGACACAUGCACGCACACACGUACAUAUAUAUACACACGCGCUUUGCAAUUUCCAGAUCACCUAACCACCUCAAAUCCAUGACCUAAACCAGCCCAGGACCGUGCCUGCCAAGGGCAUGCCGACGUGUACAGGCGCUGCCACAGCAUGUGCACUCGGCAGUGGUGUUUUAAUAUGCCUCGCUAAAGAAGAAGCAUUUGCCGUUAUAACAGGACCUCACUCAUGUUCCUGACACUGGGACAAUUCGGACACCGUUACUCACUCAAAGCCUUCCUUUCCUCUGUUCAGCCGUUAUAAUGAGGUUCUACUGUGUGUAUGUAUGCAUAUUUGUGUAUGUACGUAUAUUAUAUAUACUUAUGUACAGUGACAUAUUUCCGCCCUCCCCAUCCCCCCAUGGUUAGCACCUGUUUUUUGCAUAAAGUUACCACGUUAUAAUUACAGGAAGUAAAUCAUAUCAGGUUGCACUCCUCUUUAUGUGGCAAAAAUAAAUGAAACCAACUUGAGGGGCAGCGGUGACGCUGUCGCCCGAUGUGCAGCGGAAAGGAUGUAACCAAAUCUAGCCAAAGGUCACCAAAGGUAGCCACCGUCAAAUGAUGAACGAAUUGCUGCUAAUUGUCAUUUCAGCCUCGCCAAACGCCACUCGUGAGCGCCGACUGCGCGACGCUGCGAGCGAACGCGCCGCCACGCUUGGCUCCGCAAACCGAGUGCCACUGGAGCGCUGUGAGCCCGAUGUGUCAUUGCUCCCUGUACGACUGGUCGCGUGGCGAGCCGCCUCGCAGGUGGAACGUGUCCUGGACGCCA